AUGCUCCACACCAGCCUUGGAGGGCCGUCCGAAGAGUAUGCGGCUGGCUGGACGAUUCUUCGCCCCUUUGUGACGCGCGCGGCAUCCGGUGACGUAAGCGAUGGGAGUAGCGCGGCGAUCAAGGCAUGCGUCCCACCCCGAGCGCUGGCGCCGCUCUACCAGGGCUCGCCCCUCGCGCUGCAACACCUCUCGGCUGGUGCUGCCCCUGAGUCGCACCUGCGCUCUGCCGGCGGCGAGCUGCGCUAUGCGCUGCGCAAGCAAGCUGCACUCCUUCAAGCAGCUCAUCUCCUAUCCGAGCAUGCCUUUUACUCCUCCUGCGAUCCUGUCCCGGGCUUGCUUCCCGGCCAGCGCGACGGAUCUACGGGUGCACUCGAUCUCUCCGGCCUCUCUGCGCCUCGGCUUCAGGCGACAGGAGCUCAGCUACACCGUCUGGUCAUGCGCAAUUUUGGUCGCGAUUGA